CUCCGUGCCCUCUUGUAAUAGUACAAGACUGUCUCUUUAUACCAGUACUUUCGCAUUAACACUUAUUUCACUCUACAGCUACCUCUUUCCUGAAUUAUCCAUCUUAAUGAAGCUCACACCUCAGCUCAUCAACAACGCGCCGACGUUUUUGAACCCGCAGAGGAACCGUGUGAUAAACUUGCGAGGCUUGCAGAUCUUGUACAUUGAGAACUUGGGCGUUACCAAGAAUCUCAACGAUGUCAUUGACUUGACUGACAACGAUCUUUUGGUCUUGGGCAACUUCCCACACUUACCCAAGUGCCACACCGUGCUAGCCGCUAAGAAUCAGAUCCACACCCUCCAGACCUCUCUCAGCGAACAGUUACCCAACCUAGCGACCUUGUCUUUGACGUCAAACAAUAUCACCCACUUGUCGGACUUGACUAGCUUGUCAAAGUGCGAAGAGCUCCAUACCGUGGCGUUGUUGCACAAUCCCGUGAUAAAAGUGGAACACUACCGCUUGUUUGCACUCUGGGCGAUCCCCUCGUUGAAGAUCUUGGAUUUUGAAAAGAUUAAGGAUGCUGAACGCAGAGCUGCUACCGCUCUUUUCGGCACCCUCAGCGAACCUUCUGCUUUAGCCACCAGCAUCCUUCAGCUCAAGUCACAGAACUUUGCCAAAUACAACCCAGUUACCACAGAGAAGAUCUCCAAACAGGACCAGACCAUGGCCAGUGUCGUGAAAAAGCUCAACGACAAAGACCGCGCAAAGUUGCUAGAAGAAUUGACCAACGCGACCAGUUUGGGCGAGAUCGACAGAAUCGAAACCGCCCUAAAGAACGGUUAUAUGUAGGGGAGCCGAAAAUAAAUCUCAAUACUCUGGUUUUUUAUUCCGUUUGUCGGACUUUAACCUAGAUGUAGUUAUCGCACCUACAGCAGUAAUUUCCACGAAUACAUAAUUAGCGUACAUUUUGACCUCGAUU